AAGCAUGAUCGUUUUAACGUGAUUAAUUUUAAUAUUAUUUUUGAAGAAUUUUAAACGAAAAUUCGAAGGAAACGUAGAAUUUUUUUACGUUGUUUGAAUUUUAAAAUAUAUAUAUUUUUUUAACUCCUAAACGAUCACGAGAGAUCACCACUUUUGCUGAAUAAAGAGUUCACUUGUGUAUAUAAUUAGAGACUCGUGACUCGUAAAGAACUGAAAGAGGAUAAGCAUUAUAGGUCCAAUAGUUUCAGGAGCUAACCAGUUACAUGUUGGCGACCCGUUGAAGCAUUAAGCUAUUGGUUGGAGGCUGUAGAUGAUUUAGUACACACAUACAAGCUUCAAGGUGACUUUCACCACACACCUGAAUGUUACCUGAUCAUCACGUGAUCUACACAAGGCAGUAUGGCAAACUGUCGUUGGGUUGUGCUCGUGUGGCUAUGUGGAUGGACUUUAUCUUCUGGUAAUUAUUCCAUCGGUUAUUUAGUAGGAAAAGAUAUAAAAAAUCUAAUUAUAUCCGGGGCCAUCUCCUACGCUAUCGAAAAGAUAAAUAAAUCUAAUAUGCUUAAAGAUCAUCAUAAAUUGGAAUUGAUGUAUUAUGGAAAAGCUAUGGAUAAUUUAAUGAUAACAAAUAUGAUGUUACAUCAAUGGAAAGAAGGUGCAAUCGCCUUCAUAGGACCAGAUGAAUCGUGUGAAGUCGAAGCUACUAUAGCUGCAUCACUUAAUCUACCUUUGAUAUCAUAUAGUUGCUUCAAUUCUAGAGUAAAUACGAAGAAUUUUCAGACAUUUGCUCGAACUCAUCCUUCUGACGAACGUAUAGUAAAAUCUGUUGUAGCUCUAUUAAAAUACUAUAAAUGGACAAAAUUUUCUAUAAUUUCGCAAAAACUUCGACCUUAUCUAGUUGUAGCUGAAAAUCUAGAAAAAUUUGCAACUUUAAAUAAGAAUUUUACGCUUAAUAGUAAAGUAAUAUUUGAUGAUUCUUAUACUUGUUGUGAAGAAAACUUAACGUGUUGUGAAAAUCAAUUUAUAAAGACUAUAGAAGAGACUUAUAAAACGACAAGAGUUUAUACAUUUUUAGGUACCAGCCGUCAUUUAAUAUUAUUUUUAGUUGCAAUGCAUAUGAAAAGACUAUUAUGGAAAGGGGAAUACGUAGUCAUAUACAUUGAUCUAGAAGUAGAUGUUGAUUCAACCGCUCAUAAAUAUCUUUGGAAACAUGUAGAAGGGCAAGACACAGCUCUAGUUGACGAAAAAGUUGCUCAAAGAAUAAUACAGUCACUUUUAGUAGUUAGAGCCACUUUACCAAAUGGAAAUGAAUAUUACGAAUUUACAGAUAAAGUCAGAGAAUACAAUUUAAAAAGUCCAUUUUAUCAUUUAAGUCCUUUUAAGGAAAGACAGAUGCAUGUUACUGUAGAAGCCGCGUAUUUAUAUGAUGCUGUCAUGCUGUAUGCCGAAUCCUUAGCAAAAGUCUUAGAAGCUGAAGAAGAUCCCAAAAAUGGAACAAAUAUUAUACAAAAUAUAAUCAAGAAGAAAACUUAUCAAAGCAUUACUGGUGUCUGGAUGAGGAUAGAUGAAAAUGGCGAUGUUGAAAAUAAUUACACUGUUUUAGCAAGGCAAAAUAGCCCUACUAAAGUACUUUCUGAAAAAGUAGAUUUAAUAUACCAAUACACAAUGAUGCCAGUUGGAAAUUUUUAUUACCAAGGAGACGAAUUGGAACCGAAGUUAAGGCUGGAUAAGACGAUAGAUUGGAUCGGUGGUGAACCUCCUUUAGACGAACCACCCUGUGGAUAUAAUAACAACCUGUGUUCGACGCCUUCUGAUAAAAAUAGGGAAAUAAUAGCGGGAGUAUUGGGUAGCAUUCUCUUAUCAGUGUGUUUGAUAACAGCUAUAACCUACAGGAAUUGGAAAUACGAACAAGAAAUCGCUGGUCUUCUAUGGCGGAUAACAUUCGACGAUAUGCAUAGACAAACAUCAAAUGGUCUUCUCUCAUCCAACAGCAGAUCUAGUUUAAGUCAGAUGUCAGUAGAAUCGAAAACAGCGGGACAAGUGUUUACUCAAAUCGCUCUGUAUCGAGGAAUGUGGGUGGCAGUUAAACAAUUUCAUUAUCAUAGAAGGAUUGCUGAUUUAUCUAGAGAUACUAAGAAAGAAAUGAAAAUCUUAAGAGAAUUACACCACGAUAACAUAAAUCCUUUCAUCGGUGCUUGUAUUCAAGGUAACUGCAUCUACAUUGUGACAGAAUACUGCAUGAAGGGUAGUUUGCAGGAUAUUCUAGAAAAUGAAGACUUGAAACUGGAUAAAAUAUUCAUAGCAUCGUUGGUGUCAGAUUUUAUUAAGGGAAUGCUUUAUCUUCAUGAUAGUGAGUUACGAGUGCACGGGAAUUUAAAAUCUUCAAAUUGUUUGAUAACAAGUAGAUGGGUAUUGCAAGUUUCGGAUUUUGGUUUGCACGAAUUACGUUCAAAUGCCAAUACUACUACAAUUACAGAUUAUGAAUAUUAUAGAAGUAUAUUUACGCUUUCUUUUGAUAUUCUAGAAAAUGAAGACUUGAAACUGGAUAAAAUAUUCAUAGCAUCGUUGGUGUCAGAUUUUAUUAAGGGAAUGCUUUAUCUUCAUGAUAGUGAGUUACGAGUGCACGGGAAUUUAAAAUCUUCAAAUUGUUUGAUAACAAGUAGAUGGGUAUUGCAAGUUUCGGAUUUUGGUUUGCACGAAUUACGUUCAAAUGCCAAUACUACUACAAUUACAGAUUAUGAAUAUUAUAGAAGUAUAUUUACGCUUUCUUUCAGUUGCUUCAAUUCUAGAGUAAAUACGAAGAAUUUUCAGACAUUUGCUCGAACUCAUCCUUCUGACGAACGUAUAGUAAAAUCUGUUGUAGCUCUAUUAAAAUACUAUAAAUGGACAAAAUUUUCUAUAAUUUCGCAAAAACUUCGACCUUAUCUAGUUGUAGCUGAAAAUCUAGAAAAAUUUGCAACUUUAAAUAAGAAUUUUACGCUUAAUAGUAAAGUAAUAUUUGAUGAUUCUUAUACUUGUUGUGAAGAAAACUUAACGUGUUGUGAAAAUCAAUUUAUAAAGACUAUAGAAGAGACUUAUAAAACGACAAGAGUUUAUACAUUUUUAGGUACCAGCCGUCAUUUAAUAUUAUUUUUAGUUGCAAUGCAUAUGAAAAGACUAUUAUGGAAAGGGGAAUACGUAGUCAUAUACAUUGAUCUAGAAGUAGAUGUUGAUUCAACCGCUCAUAAAUAUCUUUGGAAACAUGUAGAAGGGCAAGACACAGCUCUAGUUGACGAAAAAGUUGCUCAAAGAAUAAUACAGUCACUUUUAGUAGUUAGAGCCACUUUACCAAAUGGAAAUGAAUAUUACGAAUUUACAGAUAAAGUCAGAGAAUACAAUUUAAAAAGUCCAUUUUAUCAUUUAAGUCCUUUUAAGGAAAGACAGAUGCAUGUUACUGUAGAAGCCGCGUAUUUAUAUGAUGCUGUCAUGCUGUAUGCCGAAUCCUUAGCAAAAGUCUUAGAAGCUGAAGAAGAUCCCAAAAAUGGAACAAAUAUUAUACAAAAUAUAAUCAAGAAGAAAACUUAUCAAAGCAUUACUGGUGUCUGGAUGAGGAUAGAUGAAAAUGGCGAUGUUGAAAAUAAUUACACUGUUUUAGCAAGGCAAAAUAGCCCUACUAAAGUACUUUCUGAAAAAGUAGAUUUAAUAUACCAAUACACAAUGAUGCCAGUUGGAAAUUUUUAUUACCAAGGAGACGAAUUGGAACCGAAGUUAAGGCUGGAUAAGACGAUAGAUUGGAUCGGUGGUGAACCUCCUUUAGACGAACCACCCUGUGGAUAUAAUAACAACCUGUGUUCGACGCCUUCUGAUAAAAAUAGGGAAAUAAUAGCGGGAGUAUUGGGUAGCAUUCUCUUAUCAGUGUGUUUGAUAACAGCUAUAACCUACAGGAAUUGGAAAUACGAACAAGAAAUCGCUGGUCUUCUAUGGCGGAUAACAUUCGACGAUAUGCAUAGACAAACAUCAAAUGGUCUUCUCUCAUCCAACAGCAGAUCUAGUUUAAGUCAGAUGUCAGUAGAAUCGAAAACAGCGGGACAAGUGUUUACUCAAAUCGCUCUGUAUCGAGGAAUGUGGGUGGCAGUUAAACAAUUUCAUUAUCAUAGAAGGAUUGCUGAUUUAUCUAGAGAUACUAAGAAAGAAAUGAAAAUCUUAAGAGAAUUACACCACGAUAACAUAAAUCCUUUCAUCGGUGCUUGUAUUCAAGGUAACUGCAUCUACAUUGUGACAGAAUACUGCAUGAAGGGUAGUUUGCAGGAUAUUCUAGAAAAUGAAGACUUGAAACUGGAUAAAAUAUUCAUAGCAUCGUUGGUGUCAGAUUUUAUUAAGGGAAUGCUUUAUCUUCAUGAUAGUGAGUUACGAGUGCACGGGAAUUUAAAAUCUUCAAAUUGUUUGAUAACAAGUAGAUGGGUAUUGCAAGUUUCGGAUUUUGGUUUGCACGAAUUACGUUCAAAUGCCAAUACUACUACAAUUACAGAUUAUGAAUAUUAUAGAAAUCUCUUAUGGAAAGCUCCUGAACUUCUUCGUCAGACAUCUAAUUUUCCAAAGAUUAGUCAGAAGGGCGAUGUGUAUUCAUUCGCUAUUAUCUUACACGAAAUUAUGCAAAGACAAGGACCAUUUGGUAAUAUAAUGCUGCCUCCUAAAGAUAUUGUAUUAAAAGUUAUGAAUGGACCUUCAGAGACAGGAGAAAUCUUUCGUCCAUCAUUAGAAGAACUCGAUUGCCAAGAUUAUAUUAUCAAUACGAUAAAAGAUUGUUGGGCAGAAAAAGCCGAAAAUAGACCCGAUUUUAGACAAAUUCGGGAAAAAUUAAAAGCAAUGCGUCAAGGAAUGAAGACCAAUAUAGUAGACAAUAUGAUGGAAAUGAUGGAGAAAUAUGCGAAUAAUCUAGAAGAAUUAGUAGAUGAAAGGACAAGCCAGCUACAGGAAGAACAGAAGAAAACAGAAGCUUUGCUAUAUCGCAUGUUACCUAAAUCAGUUGCUGCUCAAUUAAUAAAAGGGGAAGUAGUUCGUCCCGAAUCUUUUGAUGCUGUAACUAUAUAUUUUAGUGAUAUUGUUGGCUUUACUGAGAUGUCAGCUGAUAGUACGCCUAUGGAAGUGGUGACAUUUUUGAAUGAUUUAUACACAAUAUUUGAUGAUAUAAUUAGUCAUUACAACGUUUACAAAGUCGAAACAAUAGGAGAUGCUUAUAUGGUUGUAAGUGGAUUACCUCUUCGAAAUGAUGAUCUUCACGCUUCUGAGAUAGCUUCUAUGGCCCUUGAACUUCUAGAAACAGUGAAAACUUUUAAAAUAAGGCAUAGACCAAAUCAUCUUUUAAAAUUAAGAAUUGGCAUACAUACAGGUCCAGUUGUAGCUGGAGUUGUUGGAUUAACUAUGCCCAGGUAUUGUCUUUUUGGUGAUACAGUUAAUACAGCUUCUAGAAUGGAAUCUAAUGGAGAAGCAUUGAAAAUACACAUUAGCUUACAGUGCAGAGAUUACUUACAGAAACUCGGUGGGUAUAUAAUAGAGGAAAGAGGAAUAAUUAAGAUGAAGGGAAAAGGUGAAGUGAAAACUUUUUGGCUAUUAGGCCAGUGCAAUCCAAGAGCGCACAGAACAUUACCUCAUGAUCAAAUAUUACCUCAACCACUUUUCAGUGCUGUUAGAGACUCGGAAAUAAGGAGGAGAAGUCCAAAAUUAGAUCAUCCUCGUAGAGGAUCGUUAGCGGUGCGUAACGACGCGUGUCAUUUAGAAGAUGUAGUUGCAGCAAUGUCUCACGGAUCAAUUCCAUCUUAUUUGAGGAAUUGUGGUCAAGAUAGUCCCUAUAAUGGUAGGACAUUAAAUACACAAAAUUGUCACGACAAUAAAGUUCAAAACGUAGAAGAAAGAACGGAAGAAGCGAUGACAGAGAUAAUACCAAUCACCUCAAACGGCACAACUCCACAUUUAGAAGAUGGUGCCACCAUAAUACCUUUAUUAUCUGCAGAAGAAACGAUAAACGAAAAGAAACAUUUAAAGAUGCACAAUAAAUAUUGGAGAUCGUUAGACGAACUGCACAAAAGUAAACCUAAUAUUGUCACAUGGUUUGCUGGACUAUUUAGCCAGAAAGGACCAUAUAUAGAAACUCACAGAUUGAAUCAUCAAACAGAAAGUGCCAUUUAAUACAGGAUAUAUUAUUUUGUAUUUCUUCUUAUUGAACCUUUUAACAUUAUGAGGACAAAAUAAUUUCCAUUGUUAACUGUUAUUUUCACGUAAGUGACUGUAAUUCAUUUUCAUGUAUCAACAACAUUCAUCUUACACAAUUUACACAAAUGAACGUUUUACAUAUCUUUUUAAUCAAGCUGCAAAUAAUCCUUGAAAUGCAAGCUUGCAAUGUAUUCUACAAUGCAAGUUACAAUGUAUGCUGCAAUUUAAAUUUGCAAAUAAUCUCAAG